UAUAAUUUGGCCAAACGCGCGAAUAACAGAACCCGGGAAACAACACAAUCAAGAGAUCAAGAACGUGAAUUAGCAAGCAAAUGGGGUGGAGAGGGGUACUGGGUUUCGACUACGGAAUCGUUCAGGCGCCACUGGGUCCCGACAUUUCGGGACCGGAGCUCGUCGCCGCCGUCGCCAACGCCGGGGGACUCGGACUCCUCAGAGCUCCUGACUGGGAGGCGCCGGAGUACGUGAGGGAGCUGAUUCGGAGGACUCGGCAGCUAACCUCAAAAGGGUUUGGGAUAGGUGUAGUACUGCCCUUUCCACACGAGGAGAAUCUGGAAGCGAUACUGGAGGAGAAGGUGGCGGUUCUUCAAAUUUACUGGGGGGAUUGCUCCAGGGAACUCGUGGAUCGUGCUCACGCCGCCGGCGUCAAGAUCGUCCCUCAGGUUGGGACCGUUGAAGGUGCUAGGAAAGCAGUGGAUGCCGGCGUUGAUGCGAUCAUCGUCCAAGGCCGGGAAGCUGGAGGCCAUGUCAUUGGCCAGGAAGGGCUAAUCUCGCUGGUGCCAAGGGUGGUCGAUCUUGCGAAGAACAAAGGGAUACCAGUAAUUGCAGCAGGUGGAAUCGUGGAUGCUCGUGGCUAUGUUGCUGCUCUGGCUCUUGGAGCUCAGGGUAUCUGCCUUGGCACCAGGUUUGUCGCGACGAAGGAAAGCAAUGCGCAUCCGAUGUACAAGAGGAAACUGGUGGAGCUGGAUCAAACCGAGUACACAGACGUCUUUGGAAGAGCUCGAUGGCCGAACGCGCCUCAACGAGCUCUGGUCACUCCUUUUUUCGUAGAACAGAGGAAGUCGCUCCUUCCUCAUGUUACUGAACUCGAUCAACCCAUUAUUGGACAUACUGUUAUUCAUGGACAGGAAAAAGAGAUACGUAGAUUUGGAGGAGCGGUGCCAAAUGGAACGGCAACGGGUGACAUUGAGAGCAUGGCGAUGUAUGCAGGUCAAGGUGUUGGUCUCAUUAAGGAGAUUUCGACGGCGUCGGAAGUUGUUGAGGAGCUUGUUCAUGGAGCUCAGCAACUAAUCCUCCAACGAUUUUCUGUGUAGCUUUUUUUUUUUCUCUGUUUGUUGUAAGAAACAAAAAUUGAGGCUCGAUUGGGAAUUUGUGAAAAUAACGAAUUCCAUAUAGGAAACAAAAAUAGUCGAGGGACUUGAAUAAUAAACGUACAUGGUUGAG